UCAUUUGCAUCACGCGCUCGACGUGCAGGCCACCUCCACAGAACGGAGUCGCCAGGGAGGAUGUUUGGCGCCCUCGGGCUCUUUCUCGUGCUGGGUGUUGGUGGCGUCCUUGCCGCUCGCAUUGAUCAUGCCUAUGCUGGGUUGGAAGGGUCUGCCAUCGAGGAAGCCCUCGGCCGCCUCAAUGUCAGCGGAACUGGUGCGGUGGGCAGCCACACAUCUUUUUUCAUACCAGAUUGGGCGAUUAACCAACUCAUUCAUCAUGCAAUCGAUCAGGCGGACGAGUGGGGUUGGGAGGCAAUUGCUGACGCCGCGCAAAGCCAGGUGGGGUUGAACUUGGCUGGCCAGACCUAUCUGGAGGUUUCCAUCGCGUUUGGUUUAUUGGCUGGGCAAUUCACUUCGAUCCGUGCGCACAUGCAGGAUUCGGGUAAGUUUCCCCAGCUAUCCGACGAGUGGUAUAUGGGAGUCCACUUCACAGCGCAGCAGCAUGUAAAUAAUGACCAGGCUACCAUUGAGCGGGUGGCCGAUAUGGCCUUCGUGUAUUACGAGGCCGCCAAGAGAAGGAAAGACAUCCCCCAGAAGCUGUUCAUUCACAACCAGCACCAUAUGCAGGCCGCCGUGGACUCCCGUCUGCCAGCGGUGCGGCAGCACCUUGAGGGCCUGGCCAGCCUGAGCUCGGCUCCAGUGCUUGCCCGAGUUGCUCGCAAAGCCUUGGCCGUUGCGAAUGUUGACAUCAGGUUGAGCACAAGACGGUCCACCACGAUGAUGAUGCAGGCCAUCGAGGCAAAUGCAGACGGUCCUCUGCAAAUCGACGCGUCGGGCCUGGAUCCUGGCAACCCGUGGAGGGACCUACGAUUCACGCAUGUAUCUCGCACAGAUCCAGGGCAGGCUCCGUCAGAUAAUGGAGGGCCCUUCAGGGUUAACCAGAGGCUCGAAAAGUGGACUGCGAGGAACAGAUGGACACUGAGAGUGGGGCAGGGUGAAGCCAGCCAAAGUAACGAAUCUGAAUGGUUAUUGUGGAGCCGGGAGGGCUCAGCUGCCGACCAACUCUCCAUCGAUGGUGGUUGGAGUUGGCUGAAGUGGAGUGGCUGGUGUGGACCCUUGGGUAGCUUCAUCUCCCAGGAUCUCCGCACCAUCAUCGAGGUCUCUACCAGUGGCUCCUAGCUCGAGGUAGGCAAGACGGCGCCCAUGCCGUUGAUUCUUCCCCUGCCAGCGGACAGGAGCCGGCACCGCGGGGAGAGCCUCGGCGAGGAGGCUGCUGCUGUCCCGGGCUCGUGGGCGAGAGCCUGCCCAGAGCCCGAGCUGCGCCGCGGGACCCAGACCUCCUCGUUUUUCCCUGUUUUCGGCCUCCGAGGGCCCUUCCUGGGCCUCGGAGGGCUACUUGCCUGCUGGGCCACCUAUCGUUGACUGUCGCCUCUUCGCACCUCUGUCAUUGGAACCUGUCACUGGCUUAAUUUGUUGUCAGUGUGGCUAAGUCCGCGCAUGCAUCCCGCACACGAUUUCGAACAUUUUCAGCAGGAGCGCUGCAAGCCCAGAUCUUGAAGUCCGCCCAGCGCA